GUUGUCAGAGUUUCAAGAUCUUUGCCGACAUCCCUCAAUGAGGACUGCAGUUCCUCUGCAGAGGUGCAAAGGCUUCCAGCCCCUCUUUGUCGUCCCCUCACCCCAGAUACACAAAUUGACAGCACAGUGCAAAAGUUGCAAUACGGGUCACAGACUGAUAAAGAGACAAGUCACUCAAAUAGUCAGACAAACCAGAUUCAGCCACUUAGAGAAGGUGCUGGACUCGUGGUUGUUACAGGGACGAAGGAGACACCGUCUGUCACAGUGGAAUAUAAACCAGAGACUGGAACAAACAUGGAACUUGGUGGAAAAGAGCACACAGGCGGAAAUAUUCUCCCUCAACCCCAAUCCCAAAUCUGUUUCACAGCCUCAUCUCCAUCUGUCCCACAAUCAGGUGUCGGUUUCAAAGUCCAAGACACCACAGAACACGGGGCUGUGGAGUCUGACCGGGAUCCACUUGUCCACACAAAUCGAGGCAGCCAUAUACCUCCGCCAGGUGCUGCGGAGCAGGCGGGCGGUCACCAGGACUCGAAAUCGCCUCCGCUCCCUUUACCCUCAUCUGACAACAGCGAGAUUAAACAAACUGACAUGUCGAAAACACAACCUAAAACCAUCAAAGCCAUCUCAAAUGAUGCCAGAGAAACACAGAAAGCAAAUUCUUUGGAGUCAGUUGAGAUGCUUGAGCGUGUUAAAGAGCUUGUUGACACAUCUCGCAAAGAAACACAACCUCCUUCAGAUGAAAUACUUGAGAUCCCAAAGGCAGGAGACUUGCUUCCUGGAUUAUACGCUUCUCCUGGAAAAGGAGACUCCGUGUCCAUCAAAGCAACCGACAGAGAAGACGGCAACAUCCAGAGGAGCUGCAGUCCCGUCGAAGGAGAGCAGGUGGAGAGCAGGGAAGAGCAAACUGACACCGCCACCUCCUCAUCUGACUUCACAAUGCUGUCGGAGCGCUCUUCCACGCAGGAGAGCUCCUCAGAAUCCUCCGCAGCGCCGCCUCUGUUUGACACGGGCCUAGUUGUCUCACUCCAGGCGGGGCAGGUCGUUGAAGGAGAAACAUCUCAUCCUUCUGAUCAAGUCAUCACAACAGAGACGCCGCUGACUGCCGAGCUUGUGCAUUCGCCCGACGCUCAAGAAAUUGUUGUUGUCAGAGAGGACGCUCAGGUCAGCGGGAACUGGUCUAACAUGCACCUGAAUCAGAGUUACCUCCUGCAACGAGAAGAUGGCAGCGUCUGCGAAGCCGCCAUUGUUAACGAGCUGCGGUCCGAGCUCUCCACCGGAGAACCAAAGCUGUACGAAGAAAGUGUUCAGGUUGAGUUACACUCACAACCUGUGGAAGUGUAUGAGUUUUGCGGCCUGGUCGAGGAGGUUGCCGAGGAAACGGUCUGCGCCAGCAGUAGUGCACAGAUACCUCACUCUCCAGGAUACGAGGUGAACUUGUUCAACGCAUUACUAGAAAACUCUGACGAGUACACCGUCAAAGAGGAUCUAGAGUCGCAUCUCGAACCAUCUAUUCACGCAAUUAACGAAGGUGACACUGUCAUUAUUUCCCAGCAGCCCUUGCCUUCAUCACAUGAUGUAAAUCAAAUACAGGCUUGCUCCAACAGUAAUUCCCAUAAUCUGUCCAUGCAAAACAGAAGGGUGGCAGCGGUCGGGCAGCAUUUGGUAUUAGAUGCUAACCAAGCCGUUGAAGUGGCUAACUCGAGUGAGGUUUGCUUAGUUGAGGUAGCUGCCGUCACGUCUGACUCAUUCACGGUUGAACAGUCACACACCAGUCUAGAAAUUGUGACACCUUGCUCACAGGUCAAUGUGGCAGCAACACAGGUGAGUGACUCUCCUGUAAUUCCAACAGUUGUCCCAAAACAAGAAACAGAAGCAACAGCUGGUGCAUCUAUCGCAUCCCCGGUGGGCACUGGUGAGGACAUGGGGAGGGAAUCAUCUGUUGCAUCAGUGCAUGUUUCUCAUGUAGGAAAGCAGCCCUCUUUAAAUCAGACUCCAGGAGUCACUGUAAGUGCCACGAAGCCUGCGUUGACAGAGAGUAUUCAGAAUGUGUCUGUGCCCACAGAAACCAAACCGGAGGCUUUCUGUACCGCUCGCUCCUCUAGUAUUAUAAGUCCAAAGCUGCUCCUUCUUAAACCGGGAGAAGCUCCUCUCCUGAAACACCCACCCUCCAUGUUGGCACAGGUGUCCAAGCAACAGAAUGCGGACGGCAAGCUGGCCAAUGCCCACAGCUCUUGGUCUGGCACAGUGUCUGAGGAGUGCCUUCCCCGAACCGUCUCAGUGGCAGACUCUUUAUGUGCGUCUGUGGCUCUCAGCAGCCAGAGAGAUCAGACGCAGCGCUCCGUCAAUAAAACUUCUGUGACAGCGGCUCUGCCCGUCAAAGUACAGCAGCCGACUGUGAGCGGCGGCAUCUCGCUUCAGCUUGACCGGACUGCAGUGCUCCCCCCGGCAACCUCAACAAGCAAAUCUGACAAAGAGGCCUUAACUGUUACUAAAACUUCAACAAGUGAAGCGGAUCCCGCGUCCCGAGAUGUCGUCACCCCACCUGCUACGCCUGACACCCUCUUCAUGCUCGCAGCGUCGGUGGAAAGGAAAGGUACCGUCGUGGCAUCUACCAGUCCCAAUGACCCCAUCAGCCAGCCGGACUCACUGUACGAGGAGGAGGAGGGCGAGGACAUGGAGCAGGACGAACCGAUGGUAGAAACCGAGGCUCAGGAGGCCACUUCCGGACAGGUUAGCAGUCCAGAGGAAGGCAGCGAUGACGAACCCGACGCCGACAAAACGGAAAGUGCGAUGACCACCCCCAGCUCACAGCACAAGGUACGCCAGUGGAUCGCUGACAGGGUCACCACCAAUUCAUCUCCUGUCUCACCCUCCACCUCCUCGUCUUACCUGGGUCCCUCACCCACCGCUGAUUGGUCCACCCCGCGACGGGAGAGGUCCUCGCCUCUCCGGGGUCCUCACGGGAAGUUCGUUUCUCCUUCGUCUGUCGGGGCCUACGGUUCCUCCUCUUCCCCACCCGAUCAGGGCGCCCCUCAGCGCCCCCGUGGAGAGCGUCACACGGACAUGGCGGAGCUAGCUAAACAUGAAGCAGACAUCGAGCAUCGAACCCAGGCGCUGAAGCGAGAGGGCUUCUGGUCAACGAAGCGUCUCACCCGCCUGACCGAGCCCCCGCGGCCAAAAGUUCACUGGGACUACCUGUGUGAGGAGAUGCAGUGGCUCUCUGCUGACUUCGCUCAAGAGAGGCGGUGGAAGAGAGGGGUGGCCAGAAAGGUGGUUCGAAUGGUGAUGCGACACCACGAGGAGCUGAGGCAGAAAGAAGAAAAAGCCAAGAGAGACGAGCACGCUAAAAUCAGAAGAGUUGCCUCUUCCAUUGCAAAGGAAGUCCGCGCCUUCUGGAGCAGCGUCGAGAAGGUGGUGCAGUACAAGCAGCAGUCAAGACUGGAGGAAAAGAGGAAGAAGGCUUUGGACCUUCAGCUGGACUUCAUUGUUGGCCAGACGGAGAAAUACUCUGACCUCCUCAGCAAGUCACUCGCCCCCACCAGGCCUGCUGAAACUGUCCCUCUGACUCCCCAGAAACCUCACCCACCUCCUGUUGAUGAGGAUGACAGAGACUUUGAGCCUCCCUGUGAGGAGGAGGAUGAUGAGGAGACCAUAGAGGUGGAGGAGCAGCAGGAGGGCAACGACGCCGAGAGCCAUCGGAGGGAGAUUGAACUGCUGAAGGAGGAGGGCAUGCUGCCCCUGGACCAACUACUCAGCACCCUCAAACUGCCACAGGAGUCGGGCUCAGAUGAAGAAUGCUCUGAUGAAACCUCUUCAUCAGUGGGGGAGGAAGAGGAAGAUGGUGAAUUCACUGCCAAUGAAGAGGAUGCUGAGGAUGAGGAGGACACGAUCGCUGCUCAGGAGAAGGUUGAAGGAAACGUGGAUCACGCAGAGGAACUGGACGACUUAGCCAAAGAAGGCGAUAUGAGUGUUGAGGAGCUGCUGGAGAAGUACAAAGGAGCGUAUGCCUCAGACUUUGAGGCUCCUUCUGCAUCCGGCUCUAAAGCGAGCUCUGAUUCGGAGGUGUCUGGGGAUGAGGAGGAGGAGACCGAAGAAGAUGAGAGUGAUGCAGAAAGCAACACCUCCUCCUCAGAUUCUCCAGGAGACAGUGCAGACGAUGAUGACAGCGAGAAGGACGAGGACGAGAGCGAGGAAGAAGAUGGCGAUGACGACUGCGGGGAUGAAGGAAUGGAGCUCUUGCUAAAGGAGGGAGACAACAGCCCGCCUUCCUCCAGCUCACGGCCGAAGAAAGAGAUCAGCCACAUUGCUGCUACUGCAGAGAGCCUACAGCCCAAAGGCUACACGUUGGCUACUACAAAGGUCAAGACCCCCAUCCCGUUCCUGCUUCACGGCACGUUACGAGAAUACCAGCACAUUGGACUCGACUGGCUGGUCACCAUGUACGAGAAAAAGCUGAACGGCAUUCUGGCUGACGAGAUGGGUCUGGGCAAAACCAUCCAGACCAUCGCUCUGCUCGCUCACCUCGCCUGUGAGAAAGGUAACUGGGGCCCUCACCUUAUCAUCGUCCCCACCAGUGUGAUGUUGAACUGGGAGAUGGAGCUGAAGCGCUGGUGUCCCGGCUUUAAAAUCCUCACCUAUUUUGGCAGCCAAAAGGAGAGAAAGCUGAAGAGACAGGGCUGGACUAAACCUAACGCUUUCCACGUGUGCAUCACUUCAUACAAGCUGGUGCUGCAGGAUCAUCAGGCUUUCCGACGCAAGUCGUGGCGGUACCUGAUCUUAGACGAGGCACAAAACAUCAAGAACUUCAAGUCUCAACGCUGGCAGAGCCUGCUGAACUUCAACAGCCACCGGCGCCUGCUGCUGACAGGAACUCCUCUCCAGAACAGCCUGAUGGAGCUGUGGUCUCUGAUGCAUUUCCUCAUGCCCCACGUCUUCCAGUCCCACCGCGAGUUCAAGGAGUGGUUCUCCAACCCUCUGACGGGAAUGAUCGAGGGCAGUCAGGAGUACAACGAGGGCCUGGUGAAGAGGCUCCACAAGGUGCUGAGACCGUUCCUGCUCCGGAGGAUCAAGGUGGACGUGGAGAAGCAGAUGCCCAAGAAAUACGAGCAUGUGGUGCGCUGUCGCCUCUCCAAGAGACAACGAUUCCUCUACGACGACUUCAUGGCACAGGCCUCGACCCGGGAAACCCUGGCCAGCGGUCACUUCAUGUCUGUGAUAAAUAUCCUGAUGCAGCUCCGCAAAGUGUGCAACCACCCCAACUUGUUUGACCCUCGACCCAUCCAGUCCCCCUUCAUCACGCAGCCCAUUGUUUUCCACACAGCCUCCCUGGUGCAGGACGCCCUGGAGGUCUCGCCUUUGAAGCGCUGCGACCUUUCUAUGUUUGACCUCGUUGGUCUGGAGAGCCGAGUGUCCCGAUACCAGGCAGACGUCUUCCUGCCGCGCCACAAGGUCAGCCGCCAACUGAUCCAGGAGAUCAUGGAGUCCCCUGAACCCCCACCAAGACCCAAACCAGUCCGCAUGAAGGUCAACAGGAUGUUCCAGCCGCCUCCUAAAGGUGAUAAUCGACCAGUCCUACUGAUGAACAAACCUACCUGCUCCGUGCCCCCUGCAGCUCAGACCCCCAAACCUCCUGCAGCUGCUGAGGUCACCUCAACCCCCGCACCUGCUCCUGUAGUUCAACAAGUCGUGUGUUCAGUGGCGACCGCGCCCCCUCCCCGCCCAUCCAUGCAGCUCACUGCUCAGACUGCAGUGAGAUCCAGCGCUCCAAAGCCAGUGCUGACAGUACGGCCCCCCGCCGCUUCCUGCACAGCCAGCAUACCCGCUCAUCCGAGUCCAAACCCCGCAAACAUCAUGCCCCAGAGGGUUCUGCUCAGUCCAGAUAUGCAAGCUAGGCUGCCUUCUGGCGAGGUAGUGAGCAUAGCCCAGCUGGCCUCCUUGGCCGGGCGACCCGUGUCCUCGUGUCAGGGCAGUAAGCCCGUCACCUUUCAGCUUCAGGGCAACAAACUGACUCUGUCUGGAGCCCAGAUCCACCAAGUCCCAGCAGCUCCUGCACGGCCGGUUCAAGGUAAUGUGAUGCACCUGGUGUCCAGUGGGGUGCAGCACCACCUCAUCAGCCAGCCUGCCCAGGUGGCCGUCCAGACCACCGCCAACACACAUCCUGCGAGCACUUCCGCCGCCCUCGCUGCUAGUCGGCUCCCUCACAGUACCUCCUCCCAAGUGACCCCCUCCAUGGUGGGCAGCCCUGGCGUCGUGAAGAUCGUCGUGCGUCAGACAACAGGCAAGGAGGGCGGGCCUGUGCCCACACUGGCAGUGGCCCCUUCCCCCCGUGUUGCUCCUCAGGCAUCCCCUUCCCCGCACCCUCACGCCAACACAACCCCUGUCAGAAACGCUGCUCCACUGCAGAUCACCCAGCGCACCCCCGGCCCUGCUACCGCCCACUACACCAUCGCUCCCCCCGGCAACCAUAGCUCAGCCCCGAACCAGCCCCACCCCCCUCGCCCCGUCCUCAAAGUAGUGCAGCCUCCUCCAUCGAACGCAGAGCAGCCAGCUCCAGUUCAGGUGGCCUCCUCCUCCUCUGUGUCCAAAUGUUCUGCAGCACCACGUGACAACAGCAGCAGCAGCAGCCAAACACCAGUCGCCACAAAGUCUAGACCCAGUACUGGGGCGAAAGCCUACCCCCCACCCAGGAAAGUGCCUCCACCACCUCCUCGCUCUCCUUUCUACAUGAAAUGGCUGGCAGAUAGCCUUAAACAGCAGCGCCACAGCCGGCUGGACUUCAUCAUUCAAGUCAACGAGCGCCACUGCGGGGCAAAGCCCAUGUACGGCCGGGAGGUUUUGGACUUUCUGACUUUUCUCCCCGGUCCCCGUCCCUCGCCGGCUGCCCUGAGCUCCCGGGGGGAGUGGGGCUGCUCGGGCCAAAGCAGCUGUCUGUUCGCACAGUGGCAAAACAAAUACGACUACUGGUUUCAGAGUCGCGCCGUGAGAGAGGCCAUCCACAGCAUCGAGGAGCGGCUGGAGCUGCUCAGCGACAUCGUAGACAGGUUUACAUUUGCGAUUCCUCCAGUGGAGGCUCCUCCAAUUUCCAUGCACUGCUGCCAUCCUCCCCCCUCUCUGAGCCACAAGCAGACAGCCUUCUCCUCCACGCUGUCGACUCAAGUCGCUCCACUCACUCGCAGUCUCCAUCGCAUCCAGUGUAACAUGAGGACCCAGUUCCCGGACCUGAGGCUCAUACAGUAUGAUUGUGGUAAGCUGCAGACUCUCCACACUUUGCUGCGGAAGCUGAAGACAGGAGGCCACAGAGUGUUGAUCUUCACUCAGAUGACGCGUAUGUUAGAUGUGCUGGAGCAGUUCCUCAACUACCACGGACACAUCUACCUCCGUCUGGAUGGCAGCACCCGCGUGGAGCAGAGACAGGCCCUCAUGGAGCGCUUCAAUGCAGAUCGGCGUAUUUUCUGCUUCAUCUUGUCAACUCGCAGCGGAGGUGUAGGGGUGAACCUGACUGGGGCCGACACGGUGGUGUUCUACGACAGCGACUGGAACCCCACCAUGGAUGCUCAGGCGCAGGACCGUUGCCACAGAAUCGGCCAGACCAGAGAUGUGCACAUCUACAGACUGAUCAGCGAGCGCACAGUGGAGGAGAACAUUUUAAAGAAAGCCAACCAGAAGAGGAUGCUGGGAGAUAUGGCCAUCGAAGGAGGAAACUUCACCACUGCCUUCUUCAAACAGCAAACCAUCCGAGAGCUGUUUGAUAUGAAUGACGGGGAGAAGAGGGAGGUGGCGGUGGAGCUAUCGGUGCCUCAGGCUGAAGAGGAGGAAGCUGUGAACAAACAGAGCACCACCAUUCUGGAGCAGGCCUUGUGUCGUGCCGAGGACGAGGAGGACAUAGUAGCGGCGUCUCAGGCUAAAGCAGAGCAGGUGGCAGAACUGGCGGAGUUCAACGAGAACAUACCAUUGGAUGACGGAGGGGAACAAGAGGAGGUGGAGGAGCUAUCCAAGGCCGAGCAGGAAAUAGCUGCUCUGGUGGAGCAGCUCACGCCCAUCGAACGCUACGCCAUGAACUUCCUGGAAGCCUCGUUGGAAGAUGUAUGCAAAGAAGAGCUGAAGCAGGCUGAGGAGCAAGUGGAGGCCGCCAGGAAGGGCCUGGACCAGGCCAAGGAGGAGGGCCUAAAACUUCAUGCUUCGUCUGAUGAGGACGACGAUGACUUUUUGUCACCACCAGCCUCUGUGGAGCCUGCUCAGCCAGCUCCAGCCCGGCGUGGCCGCAAACCCAAGGACAAGGACAAAGACAAGAUUGUCACCUCUACAAGGACUAGUGGUCGACUGCGUGGGGCCUCGCCCGAAACCGAGCCUGAGCCUACAACCCCGAGAGAAGUGCCUGAAAGACUCCGCUUUGGUCUGAGAGUACGUGGAGCUGCCAAAGACACUGGUAGUGUGUCUACCACCCCAUCCCGCACAGACCAUCACAAAACCUCCUCAUCAACCAGGCUUCAAGAUUCCUCCAAAUCUUCAAAAGCCUCAUCUCCUGCCAGAGAUCAUCAGGCCACCAAAGCUAGGACUUUACCAAACCGCUCCCAUCCCAGUCCAGUGCCUUCCCCUCCUACAACCUCUCCCCCUGGAGGGAAACAGUGUGUUGGGGAGACUGACAGCAAGAUCUCCAAAGCAGUCAGAGAGGAGAAAGAAGGGGAGAAUGAAAGGAGGGUGUCCGAGUCAUCGCUAGAGUCCAGCUGCCCACUGGACCAUCAGGCAAAAGAUGAUGACCACGGCGCCAUGUCUCCCCCAUCCACCAGUUCCAGAUCGCCUCGCAAGCGUCAGUCAGCAGAUGGUGAAGUCCUGCGGGGUCUGGUUGAAGAUUCCCCGUCAGCCAAAGUCCUGCGGAAGCUUCCGGGGAGGCUAGUCACGGUGGUGGAGGAAAAGGAGCCAAGAAGGAGGCGGCGGCGAGGAAGCGGCACUGGAGGUGGAGCUUCUUCAGAAGAGGCAACUGUGGAGGAGAACACUUCUGGAUUCAUCGACGAACCGAACAAAGACAACACAUCACCAAGCCCUGACAGCAAAACUAAAGGGACCAUGACCAAAUCUCCUCAGGACCAAGACUCUACUCCCAGUCCAUCUGUGCACCCGCAGCCUGUCAGAAGUUACCCUCCAUAUUCCCCACCCCAUCUUUCUCCUGACAUGCCUGUGCUGAGAAACCUUCCUGUACGACGCAGGUUGGAAACUGAGUCUCGCAUGGCCGCUCAGCUGGGAGAGCAACAGCAGCAUCUGGGUAGAGGAAGAGGAGUGAACCAGUCCAGAAAAAUGGAUGUACCACCAGGCAAAGAUGCCACUUCAACCUCUGCAGAGUCCAGCGUGAAUUCUCUAGAGAUACCUUUGAAAAGAAAGAGGGGCCGGCCCCCUAAGACUCCUCCGAGGUUACCUGAGUCUGACAACACAGUGACUCCUUCCCCACAGCCCACCUCGCCAAGUGAGGAUGGGAACCCCCCUCUCUCCCCAAAACGUAAGAGGGGUCGUCCUCGCAAAGAGUCCACAACCAUCCUAGAAACUGUUAGUGAAGGGCAGAACUCUAAAAGUGAGAGCACCACUACCAGUGUAUGUGGUAUAUCAAAAACUAAUGCUAGCACAGAGCCAACAGUCCUAUCGCCCCACAAGUCGGAGACCCCCACAACUGCUGUAAUCACUACAAGUCAGACCACCCAGUCUGCUAAAGCUGAGGAAACAGACACCAAGACUAAGCUUUUAGCCCCAGUUUCAGCCCCUGCUCCAAAUCCAGCUCAGGCCUCCACAACACCAGUUCAGCCCUCCAUACCAGUCUCAGCUUCGGUUAAAGCACCCGCUACAUCUGCACCCCAGGUGACCCCACCCCAUCCUGUGCCUGCCUGCACAUCAGCCCCAGCCCAAUUCAUUAGUUCAGCUCCGGCUACAGUCCAGAUCCUGGACACAGCAUCGACCCAGGUUUCCUCUGCAUCCUCUGUCACGCUGUCCACGUCUGCCACUAUCGCAGUCACUACGACCCCGCCGCUGCCUGCCAGCACCGUCACAUCAACUCAUGCCGAUGUAAAACCAACACACACAGCUUCUAAAGCUAAAGUAGAGCCAAAACCUUCAGUUUCUACAACUGUGAAAACGACAGGACCAGACUCUGCCAAAACCACCACAGUUAUGACACCAGCUGCUACCACUCCAUCCACUGUGUCAUCACCUCCCAUGGCUGUCAAAGCAGUUCCAGCAUCAGUCACUACCACAUCGGUCACAGCGGUCACAACAGCUCCAAACGUAACAUCAAAAACAGUAAACGUAACACCAGCAGUCACCACCACAGUAAAAAUAGUCCAAACUAAAACUACUGCUGUAAAGGACUUGCCGCAAGCCUCUACUCUGUCAUCUUCAACAUCUGCCCCAUCUGUUGCAACCUCCACCCCACCUACUGUAACAUCCACCCCAGCUGCCACCCAAAAGGUUUCAGCCACAGCUACCAGCCCUUCUGCAGCUUUGCCAAAACCAACCUCAUCAUCUUCCCCCACAACAACUAAGACAACAACAGUAGAAGCUGGUCCAUCAAACUCAACAAGUCCCAGCAAAGUUCCCAGUGCAAGUUCAACCAUGUCUGACAACACGGCACCACCAGUAGUAGCAGUCUCCACAUCUGCUGCAAAUACAGCUCCAUCUUCUCCAGCCCAAGCAAAGACUAAUGUGACAACUACCAAAGUUCCUACCACACCAGCCUCAACCGCGCCAACAGGUCAAUUGGCUGCACAGGCAACAACUGCUUCAGUGGCUGGCACCUCCUCGGCAAAACCUUCUGCAGCUCCUAUCACGACCUAUGCUCUUUCCCCCACUACAACAUCUGCCAGUGUAACUCCCACGGCCAUGGCAAAGACAGUUUCAGCAACUACACCACCUCCAACAGAUGGAGUCCAUGUCACAUCCGUAGCUGCAGCAAAACACUCUUCAACGACCCCUUCCACAGCUGCACAACAGACUGUCAACAUCCCACCCCCAGUCACUUCCACAGGUGCUACGCCAGCUCCAUUACCAACUGUCACAACUACAUCAUCCCCACAAAAGUCCACGACAGCUGCAACCACAGACGUUGUCACAACAAUGCAAGUAUCCACUGCCAAAGCCACCCCAGUGUCAGCAGCAACCACAGCUGCAGCAACCAAAACAGUCCCUCCUGUGUCCACCACACAAACCUCUGCAGUCGUUCCACUACAGGUACAAAGCUCUGCAUCCACAGAUGUUUCCCCAGAGGUGUCUACACCAGCCCAGACCGAGAGCCUGGCCCAGGUCCCCACAUCUGCUCCUUCCGGUGCUUCAUCCGAGAAGGAAUCUGUAGAGCCGACACAGAAAGCAUCUAAAGGUGACCAGGACACGGUGACAGAAAUGGAGGCAGAUGCCGUGGAGGCUGAAGCAAGGACAAGCAAGGAGGAUGAUGACAAAACGCAAGAAAUCUGUAAGCCUCAGUCUAAAAGGAGAAAGGUGGAGAGUUCCUCUGAGACCAAAGACUUUGAGUCAGGAAGGGAGGGAACAAGCAGAGAAACACAUUCAAACACUCAGAGAGAAGAAGCUAAGCAGGGGGCAGGGGAGCAAACUACUGAAGAUCAGAAAACUCCAAUCCAGAAAAGGCCUCUUAGCCGCCAGAGCAGCCAGGAGUCCGCUCGUUCCUCUUCACCUUCGUCUGGGUGCUCCACAUCAACCCUCACUCGUCAUGCUCACCACAAGAGGACGUACGAAAACAGACAUCCUACCAAGAAGAGGAGAAUGGACGUCACCUCAGAGGCGGGGAAGGAGGAGAAGCAGGAAGAGGGUGGAGAGCAGACGGAGGGAGGCAGCGGGAAGGAGCUCGGCGCCACUUCCUCUCGGAGAAUGCGUUCCAGGUCUUCCUCUUCCUCCUCGGACUCUGACAACAGCGAGAGCAGGAGGGAGCACCGGCUGACUCGCUCAGCCAAGCACAGGCUCCAAGAUCAGGAGAGGGAGAAAAGCAGCAGCCGGCAAGGAAAGAAACGAGCGCACAGCUCUGACAGAAACGCAUCAAACAACGCCAACACGUCCACAGGUGGAGAGUCCGGCAGUGAUACAUCUUCUGUGAGGACCAGGAAGUCUGCAGGAUCUCAGCCUUCACAAGACAGUAAAGCUCAGACAAAUAGCACGCCCUCAUUGCCUCCUGAGCCCGAGGUUCUGGGUAAGAGAUGCUCGGCACUCAAUGCAGCAGCCAAGCUCCUAGCAAUGAAAGGCAGGGUGGACACCCCUGGUCACACCACUCGCAAAGACUCAGGGGCUAAGGCUUCCCCUGCCUCCUCCUCUGACAAGAACCAAAAGCCUAAAAGCAAAAGUGUACCAGCCUCCCCUCAGAGUAAUUCUGUAAAUCUUACUAAUAAUAAAAGCAGUGGCAGCAAACCCUCAACACCCAAUCAGACAAGCCGCUCUGCUUCCCGCUCCACCAGACAGUGCCCCGGUUCUCUGGUUCCACCCCUGGAGGUAGAGUACAAGAGAUCUAAAGCGGAGGAAAAGGAGAGGGGGAGUAGGAAGUCGGCAGGGGGAAAGGAAGGCGAGGCGGAGGCGCAGUCUUUGUCCCAGGGCCACAGUGCCUGCAGCAGCAUGAGCAGCGACGGGGAAGGCGACGGAGGCGGACGCAGCAGCAGAAGCCGCAGCAGCAGCAACAGCAGCCAGCGUACUCACAGCAUCAGCUCUCAAAACACCGAGCACAGGGAGUCCCGCGCCGCCUCCUCCGGCAGCGAGCGCAGCUCGGAGCGGCCAAAGAGCAGAGACAAGAAAGACAAGCAGGGCCAGCAAAGAGAGAGUCGACAGGACGGCAGGAGGUCUCAGAGGCUCUCGCAGGAGGUGACCAGCGGUUCAGGAACUGAGGGGACACCGGACAGGGUGCUGCGCAGCGUCGCGGCCCUCGCGGCGGUGCAGGCCAGAUCGCCGGCCGCGAGCACCCGCUCCUCUUCUGGUCAGCUUCGUCACAACAAGACAUGAUCGGAGUGCCAAAGGGAAAAAAUGGAAGCGAGAGUGUUGUCGCAGAGCACGAAACGAGAGCAUGUCAUGACCUCCAAGGUUGCUGCUUUGUCUGCACUCUAACGAAAGCAAGGGAACUGAGUGCUGCACAAGCCAGGGACCUCCCCUGCCUCUUGGGCCCUCUCCCUUUCCAAUUGGAGCUGGUCCCCUCACCAGCUCAGCCAUUGUCAGCUGGGGGAAGGCUCAGGGAUGCCGGACUGAGAGAGAAAAAAUGUGGCGCCAUUGUUGUGCGUCUGUUAACGGAGAGACGAUGCAGUGCGUAAAGUCGCCACUGAGACUUGACGGGGACAAAGUUGCAAGAGGCGAUAAAGGAAAGUCGUUAGUUCACAUUAUGUACUGUAAUCAUUAAAGACUGGAACACUCAGAUCUUAUGUGUUAAGACGGGAUUAUACAGCGCCCUCUUAUUAGGGUUAUAAAUGAAGUCAUUUGUGUGACAUUAAAAACUUUUGAGUGACCAGUUGUAUUGUAAGUUGGAGGUUUUAGAAAGUUUGGUUUUGAAAAUUUCGUCAGCUGUCCUGACUAUUGUUUCUUUGUAGUCAGUUGAUAAGUUAUGCAUAUUUUAUUAUUUCUUCCAGGGUGUUGGGAAGAGAACUGAUCUGUCAAUGUGAUCUUUGCUGCACUAUGCUGGAGCUUGUCUUUGCUUGGGCCCCUUUUAUUCAUGUCCUUUUCUGUUCAUCGGAUUCAUUUUUAAAUCCAGCCUUGCGUUUCUCAUUUGCACAUCUGAUAACGUGGCCCUCGGCUUUUGAGCACAUCGUGGUGUAGUAAUUUAACUUGAGUCGAUUAAUUGGUCCCUGGUACCUCGCCGUGUAUCUCUACAGUUGGAAAACGUAUUAAUUGAAGUUGCAGAUUGUCUUGAAGACGUUACCUCUUUUGCUUCUCACCACAGACCUGCAGCAGAAAAACCCCACUUUGUUUUUCCUAAUCUUCCCAAAGGCGGUUACAGUUACAGUCCACUUUGUCACGUAUUUAUAUCAAAAGGGCGAGUAAACGUUGUUGAAAUUACGAGUGCCUCGUUGGCCAAAUGGGUUUGAACCUCAGAUUGCCUUGUGAAGCACCUGAAGCGGGGGUGUUGAGCUUCUCGUUGUUUAAAAAAAAAUCCAAACAAAACAAAAAAGAUACAAACUCCCCAAUACAAUGUCGAGAAAAGCCCCCUGUGCAUCAGUGCAACCAAACUUCUGUUGAUUUUUCACCUGAAUUUUUGCCACAAUCACGUCAUUGCUCUUCGUUCAUGUAAAGAAAAAAAUACUUGGACAAAAUAUGUGAAUAAAAUUACUGGUACAGUUCCAGACGGCUGUAAAUUGUCGAUUUACUUUUGGACUCGUCGAAGCUACUUUGAGCAGAGGUGAU